AUGGAUCUGUUGAUGUAUAUAUUGUUAUCAGUUACAAGUUUUAUUAACAAAAAAGCGGUGUCUAUACCUGGAAUAAAACCUGGUACAACUACUAAUAAUGUGAUAAACAACAUUCAAGUUCUGGAAAAAGUGUUGCUAUGCGAUGGCAGUGGAAUAGCAGAUAGGCAUUCCAGUUUGUGCAAAGGAUAUGUACUACCUAAUCAAGCACACUUUAAGUAUAACCAUGUUCGAUGUGUACCAUGUAAAAAGUUGAUUGCCAAGAAUUCUCGCCAGCAGAAAAAACAGUUGAGCCAAUCAGUCAAGGCACAAGUCAAACGCCAAAAAAGUAGAAAAACAGUAAAAUAUGAAAAGGCGAAGAAUAAGAGAAUAAAAACCAAGCUGGUGGAACUGAAAGCCGAAGUUGCCCGAUUGAAAAAGAAUUUCGCAAAGGCAAAUAAAGCCGUGGUAGAGAAAGAAAUUUCGAAUUUACCUCAAGCGCAACAGGAAGCGGUCAGAGCAUGCUUCUCUUCAGCGAAAGUAAAGAGUAAAGGACGACGAUACACUAAACAAUGGAUAUAUGAAUGCUUACUCAUGAGGAUUAAAAACAGAAAGCUCUACGAGCAUCUGAGAUCACAUGAGAUUCUUGCUUUACCUCAUGUUGACACUGUGAAUAAGUAUGUGAAAUACAUGGGCAGUACAUAUGAGUUUAGUAGCAUCAUGUUUGAUAUGUUGCGUACAAAAGCUGAGCAGAUGGAACCGGCUGAAAAAAGAGGUAUUCUCCUUGCUGAUGAAAUGAAACUGUCUGAAGCCUUAAAAUUUGAUAGAGAUUCCUGUCUGUUUCAUGGAUUUGUAAACCUAGGCGAUUAUACACCUGAAUCUCAAGAACAUGAACUAGGUGAUCAUGCUCUUGUGUUCAUGUAUCAACCGUUUCGCGGCUCGUGGGUACAGGCAGUUGCAUGCUUUCUCAGCAAGGGUUGUGCCAACAGUAAUGUAUUGCAAUGCCUCGUUCUCGAAUGCAUCAUACUCCUUGAAAAGAGUGAAUUUCUUUGUGAUGGUGUUACCACAGAUGGUGCAACGUGGAAUUGAAGUAUGUGGAAGAAAUUUGGAAUUACCGAAAGUAAUAUUUCUUGUCA